AAGUGCGUGCCACGUGGCGUGCUGAUAUUGGUUGUCGUGUUCCUGGACCUGUUUACAGCGGCCAUGGCCAUGCCGCUCGUUACGCCGCUGAUGAAGGAGCUACGUACGCCCUUUUUCCUUGCCCCUUUCCCUUUGCCCCUCCUAUUUGCCCCUCCCGUUUGACCCUCCCCUUUGCCCCUCCCGUUUGUUUUCUACCUUUCCCCCUUCCGUUUGCCCCUUCCCUUGGCCCCUUCGCUUUGCCCCUCCCUUUUGCCCCUUCCUUUUGCCCCUUCCCUUUGCCCCUCCCAUUUGCCCCUUCCCUUUGGCCCUCCCCUUUGCCCCUUCCCCUUACCCCUUCCCUUUGUCCCUCUCGUCUGCACCUCCCCUUACCAUCCCACAUGCCCCUUCUCAUUUCCCCUUCCCCCUGUCCCCCCUUUAUCCCACCCUUGCCCCUUCCCAUUGCGUCUUUCCUUUGCCUAAUUUCCAUUGCCCCGCCUCCCUGCCCCUCCACAUGCGUCCUUCCCCCCUGCCCCUUCUCCCUGCCCCCCCAGAGCCCCUUCGCCUGA